AUGAAUGUUAAAACAAUUGCAGUGACUGUGUUAUUUACGGUACUAAAUGGAUACAACGCACUUAUUUAUCCAUUCGAUUAUGCGCCUAUGUUAUGCGAAGAUCCUACACAAGUCACGUUUGAUUUUAUAGUUGUUGGAGGCGGAAGUGCUGGCGCAACUGUAGCUGCUCGAUUAAGUGAAAUACCUGAAUGGAAUGUUUUACUAUUAGAGGCUGGAGGUGAUCCACCAGAAUUAACAGAAAAUCCUAUUUUAUGGAACCAAAAUUUAAAGACUAAAUGUGACUGGGCAUUUUUGUCGGAAAAGCACCCUUUACUUUUUAAAGGAAUGGAACAAGAGAGGUGUCUUAUAUCUAGGGGUUGUAUGUUAGGUGGAUCAUCUUCAAUUAAUGCAAUGGUGUACUUGCGUGGUACUGUACAGGAUUUUAGACUGUGGAAAUCUAAAUAUGGUUGUCAUGGAUGGGACUACGAAGAUGUUUUACCGUAUUUUAAAAAGUCAGAAGAUUUUGUAGAUAUUUGUAGAUACAAUUCAGAAAUUCAUUCACGAGGAGGACCACUGACGGUGACACCAUUAGAAACAUUCGAUCCAGCUUAUAAGGUUAUCGCUGAUUCACAAAAAAUAUUAAAUUUAAUUAAAGUGAAUGAUUUGAAUAGAAUAGAACCUGCAGCUGUCGGGUAUGGUAAUUUUGAUUCAACCACUCGUAAAGGUCGUCGUUGUAGUACACUAAAAGCGUUUUUAAUACCAGCAAGUGAUCGUCCAAAUCUGUAUGUAGCAAAAAAUACAAUAGUUACUAGAAUUUUAAUUGAAAAUGAUGUGGCAGUGGGAGUGAACUUCAAAUGUUCAUCAGAAGAAAUUAAAUCACAGUGGCGGUUCUGGUAG